AUGCUCGUUUCCGCUCUUCUAACAUCAGUGGGGAUAAACUCUGCUCUGUGUGUUCUUUUCUUCGUACUGUACUCUAUACUGAAGAAACAACCAGGUCAUUAUGAAGUUUAUGUACCGCGCUUGCUCGCGGAAGGGAACUCUAAACGGAGAAGCCGUUUCAAUCUUGAAAGGCUAAUACCAUCUACUGGUUGGUUGUCAAAGGCAUGGAAGGUAUCGGAAGAGGAGAUGUUGUCUUCGUCAGGCUUGGAUGCCGUGGUGUAUAUGCGAAUUAUAACUUUCAGGAUUGCAUAUUUUUAUUCAUUGAAACCUCAGCCAAAUCAGUUCACCAUUUUAGUUCGCAAUAUCCCUGUCUCAGUUGGAAGCAGUGUUAGUGACAGUGUUGAGAGCUUCUUUACAGAGUAUCACCCUACCACAUAUCUGUCGCAUAUAGUUGUUCGUCGAACUAGCAAAGUUCGGAGCCUCAUUAAUGAUGCAAAGCAAUUGUCCAGGAGGCUUCUUCACUUGCAAUCAGAGCCAUCUGAACAGAAGUAUAAGCGAGUUGGAUUGCUUAGACAAAAGGUUGAUCUUUUGGAUCAUUAUGGUAAGAGGUUAGAAGACUUGGAGCAGAAUGUGAGAUUGGAGCAAUCAGAGUCUCAUGGUAGCAGCCACUGUGCUGUGACUGGAAUGAUUCAUAUUAACUCAUCAUCUUCAGGUGACACUCGUGCUGCCUUUGUGUCUUUCAAGUCUCGGUAUGGUGCUUCCACUGUCUUCCACCUGCAACAAUCAAUCAACCCCACACAUUGGCUCACAGAAGAAGCUCCUGAACCUAAUGAUGUCGUGCCUCCAAUCAUGGAGUUUCUUUCCUCCAUUCAAGGAUACAUUUCUCAUAGCGAGAUAGAAAGGAGUGCAUGCAACAAAGUACUCUGGUUCACAAUAUGGAACAUCUUCUUUGCCACUGUAUUUUCUGGGUCCAUAUUAAAUCAGAUUUCCAUAUUUCUUGACCCCAAGCAUAUACCUGCAAAGUUGGCUAUUGCUGUUCCAGCACAGGCAUCAUUUUUUGUUGCUUAUGUUGUCACAUCUGGAUGGACGAGCACUUCAUCGGAACUUUUUCGCAUGAUCCCUUUAAUUUGCAGUCUAAUAACGAAGUGUUGUGCUAAAAGUACGGAUGAAGAAAUUGAAGUUCCAUCUAUUCCUUACCACAGGGACAUUCCAAGGGUUCUUUUCUUUGGACUUCUUGUGGGAAUUUUUACUCUGAAGAAGCUCUCUCUUGCAUCAACCUUAAUUUUUCCUCUUCCAGUCCUCACGCUUCUGUUUAAUGAGUACUGCCGGAAACGAUUCCUUCCGAUUUUUAUCGCUUAUUCUGCUGAGGUAUUGAUAAAGAAAGACAGGGAAGAUCAAAAUGAUGCUACAAUGUCUGAAUUUUUUGAUAAAUUGGCCACCGCCUAUCAGGACCCGGCUCUAAUGCCCAUUCAGCACUUGCACUCUGCAGAACGUGACAGUCUGAACAGACCGCUUAUAUCAUCUGCUGAAGUUUGA